AUGGGGGACGCCGCCUCCAACCAUCCCGUUCUUGCUCAGUCGAGCUCCGACGCCGGCCGCGGCGCCGCGACCGGUGGGUUCAUCUCCCUCGACGUGGCCGCCCUCUCGUCGCUCGCCGGCGACGGCCCGGAAACGACGCCGGCAGCGCCGCCGGCCUCGACCCCGAGGACACCUAGGGUGGUGAGGUCGCUCUCGCGGAAGGGGUCAGAAAGGAAGCAGGCCGACGGCGACGCCGCCACUGGCACCAUAGGAGGCGGGGUAGGGACGGGCGAGAGGCCGCCGCUGUCCCCGCUCUUGGUCCAUGUGGCGGCCGCCGACGAGAUGCUGAACGGGCACCGGCUGGUGAACACGCCGGGGGGCGCCGGCACGCCGGGAGGGAAGUCCAGGCGGCUGGGGCGGCGUCCGGCGCCGUGGCUGGAUCCCCGAAGGGUCGUCUUCCUCUUCGCCACGCUGUCCAGCGUGGGGACCUUGAUUCUGCUCUACUUCACCCUUUCCAUGAACAAGAUGGACAGCGCCGGAAGCAGCACGGGAGCCGACAGCGAUGCACGGUGA